UCUUGUCUGUGACGCGUUUAAUGGAAUGAAUGAAGCUGUGGGUUAAUGAAGAGCCUCCCGGGGUGGGUUUGGGUCAGUUCUCGCUCUGUGCUCAGGCUCCUGCGCUGGAACUCGGCUCCCCCGGAGUGAUAUGAUGGCCGCGGUGGUGAUUGUCGCUGCUGCUCGGACGCCGAUAGGGUCCUUCAAUGGGGCACUGAGCAGUGUGGCACCUUCUGAUUUGGCUACAGUAGUCAUUAAGGAUGUCCUGAAGAGGGCAGGUGUAAAGCCGGAGGAGGUAUCUGAGGUCAUCUUGGGACACGUGCUCACUGCAGGCCAUGGGCAGAACCCUGCGCGGCAGGCGAGUGUUGGCGCAGGAGUCCCGUACCCUGUGCCCGCGUGGAGCUGUCAGAUGGUGUGUGGCUCUGGUUUAAAAGCGGUGUGUCUUGGAGCUCAGUCCAUCAUAAUGGGAGAGUCCACAGUGGUGGUGGCAGGGGGCAUGGAGAGCAUGAGCCAGGCUCCUCACACAGUGCGAAUGAGGUCAGGAAUAAAGAUGGGAGAUGCCACACUGCAGGACUCUGUAGUAGCUGAUGGACUCACGGAUGCUUUUCAUCACUACCACAUGGGUAUCACGGCAGAGAACGUGGCUAAACAGUGGGGCGUGACCCGAGAAGCUCAGGAUCAGUAUGCCGUCACAUCACAGAGCAGAACCGAGGCAGCUCAGAAAGCUGGUUACUUUAACCAGGAGAUUGUUCCAGUUAUUGUUCCUUCAAGAAAAGGUCCAGUAGAAGUCACAGUUGAUGAAUUUCCUCGCCAUGGGAGCAACAUAAAUGCCAUGUCCAAGCUGAAGCCUUGUUUUCUGAGGGACGAGUCUGGCACGGUCACAGCUGGCAACGCAUCAGGAAUAAAUGAUGGGGCUGCAGCUACUGUGCUCAUGAGCCAAUCAGAGGCUCAGAAACGGGGUCUGCAGCCAAUGGCACGAAUUGUCUCAUGGGCUCAGACUGGUCUUGAUCCAUCCAUCAUGGGCACAGGUCCAAUUUCAGCCAUCAGAAAAGCAACGGAGAAGGCUGGCUGGCAGCUCCCUGAGGUGGAUCUCUAUGAAAUCAACGAAGCCUUUGCUGCUCAGUGCCUCACAGUGGUUCAGGAACUUGGCCUGAACCCUGACAAGGUGAACAUCUGUGGUGGAGCGAUCUCCCUGGGUCACCCUCUGGGUAUGUCUGGCUGCAGGGUGCUGGUGACCCUCCUGCAUGCACUUCAGAGGACUGGGGGCAGUAAAGGGGUUGCUGCACUGUGUAUUGGAGGAGGAAUGGGAAUUGCUAUGUGUGUCGAGAGAAUUUAAGACGCCCUCAAACACCCACACACAGACCAACUGCUGUUUCAAAAAAAUGGAAUAGGGUUUUGGACAUUUGCUUAAUUUAAUUGUUUUAAACCGUAUGGAAAAUGUCCAGGGUAACUUGUAUAAUUCAGUCGUCUCAGUGGGUUUUUCUGAAGUAUUAAACACUAAAGUCAUGUACAUAAAUCCUCAGUCAUGCUGUGAUUGUCUGACGUUUAUGUAAUUUGCAGUACUUGGGGUACGAUGAUGGAUGAGGCGAGCUAGAAGAUAUCUGGUAAAGCCGAGAAUUGAAAUGUAAGCCGUGCAGGUAAAAACGCUGCUUAGACGUGGAUUGAUUGAUUGUAGAUGCAAGCAACUCUCAUAUCUUAAGCUGUAAAGCUAAAUGGAAAGCAACGAGAGUGUCGACCUUCAAACAUUCCAUUAACAAUGAGCCACAGGAGGAAAAAAAGAAGCUGUAGAAUGUUCUCAUAUGUUCAGUCUAGAUGUCUCACUGUACCUCCAAGUCAGAUUUUUACUAGAGCAGCGGCUGCAGUUAUCAACACCUUAACAAUCUUUUGGCCGUUGCAAAAGUAGAAAAUACUUUUCAGUAUGUAAAUUGUGCAUGAAUGAUUACUCAAACUUCUACUGGAAGGGGGGAAAAAAAAAGUUGAUUUCUGAUUACUUAGCGUAUCGGAUCAUGUGACACCAUUCCAUAGUUAUCGAUGCACCGAUUAUUUAAAAAAAAAAAAAUAAUCGGUAUGUGGUGUUAAGCUAAAACAUAGUUUUGAUUUAAGAUUUAUUUUACAUUUUAUAUUUAGUACAAAAUCUCUCUUACUCCGGGUGCUCCGGUUUCCCCCACAGUCCAAAGACAUGCAGGUUAGGUUAACUGGUGACUCUAAAUUGAGCGUAGGUGUGAAUGUGAGUGUGA